UUGGAUGAAGGACAGGGUUUCCACUAGAUAGUUGCAGUGCGCAGAGCCCUCCCUGACAGUGGAAAGAACAAGGUUAGUAGGCUGUAAGGUUCCCUCAGCAAAGACCAAGGAAAGUUCCAAAAAGGCUGGCUGAAAUUUUGAAAUUCAUAGUCACGUGCGUGAGAGCAGAGCAGCCAGCGCAUACGGGAGUUGGAGUCUAAAAGGGACCCAAAAGAAGAAAUUGUCAAGCCUCUGGAACUGAAGUGAGAUCGGAUAAGAUACCGCUCAGGAAAACAAACUGUCCACGGGGUUAAGAACCUCAACCGACUCCCACAGGAGGUGAAUUAUCCACUUGCACAAUGCCUCGUGAUGUUUCCCCACCGCUGCUGCUGUUCCUCUCUGUGUUUGGGCUGUCUCACGCCUGCCUGCAGGACUCCGCUUCAGCCUACAGAUUCACCGGAGCUGUAUGUCGCCUCACCUACCCUGCAGCUGUUGUGUUGAAUGAGAAAACCACUAAAGUGAUCGAGGCAGCGUUCCAACAUGCCAGAUAUCCAAGUGUGAAGGGAGAGAAAUCCAUGCGCUUUAUAGGCACAGUCAAAUAUGGUCUGGACAAUUUGGAGAUUCACAACCUUUCAAUUGGUCAGAGUGCAUUUGAACUGCAUCCGGGUGAAGGCCUCUCCUUGGACAUAAGCAAUGUAUCUGCAGUCUUCAGAGGGAACAUCCAGUAUGGAUACGGCAGCUGGCUGGUCAGCGUUGCACAUUCAGUUGACUUUGAAAUAGAAUCUCAGAUUGAUCUCGGAAUCAACCCCAAACUUUACUGCGGAGAAGGGAAGGUAGCAGCAGACACAUCCGACUGUUAUCUUAAUUUUCACAAGCUCCGUCUGCAUCUGCAGGGCGACAAAGAACCAAACUGGCUGAAGAGGCUCUUCACUGACUUCAUCACCUACACUGUCAAACUGGGCGUAAAGAGCCAGAUUUGUAAGGAGAUCAACAAGGUGGCAAAUAUACUGGCUGACUUCAUACAAGACACAGCAGAGCAGUUUCUCAGUGAUGGAGACAUCAGUGUGGACAUCGGUGUAACUGCUGCUCCUGUCAUCACCGCUAACUACAUUGAAUCGUACCACAAGGGGCUGACCAACUACAACGGGACUUCCGCAGUCAUCAAUGACUCUGUUUUCCAUCCCAGUCAGCUGACUGAAAACAGGAUGCUCUACUUUUGGAUCUCAGACCAGGUCUUUAACCCCAUGUUUACCGCUGCUCACCAAGAUGGCCGUUUACAACUCAAUAUCUCUGGAGCAGAGCUCACUGGACUUUUCAAGACAAAUCUCUCCAGUGCGAUGCCUGAAUUUAUUAGAAAGUGUCUGCUGGAAUCAGGUUCUCCAGAGCUAAGGGUGUGGAGUUCAUCUGUUCCCUAUCUAAACACCUCCAACUUGGGUACGACUGUCUGGGGGCAGGCCUCUGGGCAGCUCCACUGUGGGGGUCAAGACGCACCAACGCUCUUCUUUCAAACGGAUGUGGUCAUUGACGUCACGGCUUCCUAUGCUGGCAAGAAACUCCUCCUGCAGGGUAACCCGUCAGAGAUCUUUGUAUUGCAAGCUGAGCUGCCCUUACAAAACCAACCGCUGCUAGAUGUGGCCCAACUGGAGUUCAUAAGAGAGGCUGUGGAGAAGAUAGGCAUUCCCACGGUUCUGUCUGGUCUUGAGAUUGCACUAACCAGGCUGUUGGACAAACAGGGAGCUAACUUAUUUGACAUCUUUAACACAGAGGUGCUUCCUCGGGAUGGCUUUGUGGUGAUUCAGAUGGAUUUUGGUUUCCCUCAUCACCUCCUGGUUGAGUUCCUCAGGAAGACACUACAGUAACUGGGGCAAACCUUAAAGCAGUUUGGGCCAAAUAUGUUUUUUUGUGACUUGCCUAAAAGUGUUGCUCGUAUAGAAAUUGUAACCCUUCACAGUGAUUAUUGACAAGUGUAAGCCGCACAAAACAUACUUCUGUUGCACUGCAGUACAUUUUGAUUUUGAUGUAUUUUUUGUAAAAUCGAGAUAACAAAGACAAGCUUGUCACUGAU